GCGGGUUAUCGUCAGAGCCGGGUCCGUCUGUCCGUCUUUCAUUCAUCACCGGAACUGUGCAGCUCGCGCAUCAGCCCCGUGAUACCGUCUCCCAUCCCGUCUCCUCCGACGCCUGCGACGCCAAGGAUACCGCCACCGCCGGCCCAUCACCCCGCGGCGGGGCUACGUUGGAAAAAUGACAUGGAUCCUGCAAUCGCUCAACAGAGCGGUAUGCUUAAGUGUUUGCGUCAGCAUGGAGCCUACUGGCGUGAAGCGCUGGAGCCAAGGAUCUACCCGGGAGACAUGAAUGAUUUUGGUGUCCAUGUUCUCGUCACUUGACCGACAGGAUAAUCUUCUGAAGACAUGUUGUUUCAAGAUGAAGAUUGAUACCAGCCUGACUAUGCCCCAGCUUCCAGAGGCCCUGUCCCAGGCAGGCCUUAAUUUCACUGUGGCCACUGAGGAGGACUUCGACGAUAUCAUGGCUAUGAGCCAGGACAUCUAUGGAGGCCUUGACUACCUGCCCACUAGAUACACCAGCUGGCUGCAGGAGGCCAACCGCACAGUCAUACUGGCCCGUAAACAGGGGAAAGUGAUUGCUCUGGAGUCAGUGUGUGUGAUUGAUGAUGGAGAGACCAUGCUGGUGGAAGGGCUCCGCGUUGCCCCUCAGGAAAGGGGCAAGGGCGUGGCAGGAGUUCUGCUGCGCUUUUGCUCCGAGCUGGUCAAAUCCAAGUUCCCAGAGGUCAAAGUAACCCGCUUGACCCGUGAUGAUCGGCUGGGGCCCAAGGAUUUCCAGAAGUACCGCAUCAUAACCAAGCAGGGUAUUCUGCUGGUGCGCUUUAGAGCUGAGGACCUCAAGAGCCGCCUGUCCGAACUCGGCCUGGGUGGAGACAUCCAAUCCCCUUUGUCCACCUCCUCCUCCAACCAUCUUCCAGUGCGUCUUGACCAAACAGCCAUACACCAGCUGUAUCUGACCACUGACCUGAUGCAAGGGGUUCUUCCUAAUGCCACCAUCAUCCAAGACUGGCAGCCGUUCAAGCCUUUGCCCAGCAACAUGGCCAUCCUAAUGAAGAAGGACAUCGACUGGAUGGUGGAUGACCUGUCCAACCCUGCCGUGGCCAGCCUGUGUACCUUCCCUUUUAGGGUGCCCAUUGGAGAUGACUGGUAUUACCUGAACAUUGACAUGUUCGGGAAAGACCUGGACCUGGCUCGGCAGCAGUUCCUGUGCCACCUGCAGCGCCACACCGCCACCCUGAAGGGGCACGUGAUGUGCCAGAUGUUCCUGGAUCCACCACUCUGGAAGCCCAUGGCCGAAUUCUGCCACACCACUUUGAGCGUGGAGCUGGUGAAGGAGUACACCGAGCAGUGCGUGGUGGAGUCAGAUGUCAUCUAGUUAAAGAAGGUGGAGGGGAAAAGUGUAGAAGAUAAAGGAGCCGGAAUGAAGACGAGGGUUCAGACAAGAAGGAAUGAACACAACUCAAUAACCCCAUAACAAAAAAACAAAACACAACCCUCUAUAUUGAGGAGAAAGAAACCAAGCAAACAAAAUGUAGUUUCUAUUAAGCAAAACAACUUUUAGGAAUGCAGUAAGUUAGCUUCAACAGUAAACAAAUACAUACAGGGCAUGGACAUCGAAUCAUCAACACAUCAUGUAAUCAGCGAGUAUAGUUCUGUCACAAAUAGUACGAUUCUAAUGUUCGACUGGUGUCACAGACGUGUUGAUACAUUAGUUAUUUUAAGUACCAUUUGUAAGGCUAUAGUUUUGAGGUCUAAUAAUAUUAAUAAUAUUAAUAUUUAAGAGAGGGGACUAAAUAAGAUGAAAACCUUGGAACAUAAUGGACCUGUGCAAAACAUUAACCAAACACAGAGCCCGUAAAUUAGCUUCCAAAAAGAGAGAACCAAUCUAGAAAGGAGUUCGAAGGACAGUCAGCACUGUUAAUUGUAAUUGCAAUUCGAUGAUGGGAAUUUUCGUAAGUUGAACUCCGUGUGACAUCCACAGUGAGCGAUCCAUGUGUCCUGCUAUUCCAUUAAUUUGAAAAUGGAUUUUGGUCCAAAGCAGCCACAGUACAAACUAUAGCCUCAAGAGUGACCAUUGGGUUUCCGUAAACACCUUAUUAGCUUAGCUCGAAUUUAAGUUUGAACAGAACGAUUACAAGUGUUUUUGAUUAUGUCCACCCUCUGUAUGUCCCACGACAUGGAUGGGUGUCAUACGAGUGAUGAACUUGAGGAAGCUUUUCUCACACCGGUAGCAGCGAUGUAACCUAAAACCUGAAAAAAAAAAAAAAAAACAGUCAACAUACAAACGUUACUCUUUGGAGAAAAAGAUUUAAGUAGCCUUAGAGCUCAAACCUUUCAUCUCUGUUCUUUCUGUAAAUAUGAACCUUCUAAAUAUGUACACAAGCUGAGUUGGGUUACUAAAUCUGCACAACUCUGAAGGCACUUUAUUAAAACUACACGGACAGGUUAUGUCUACGUUAGAAUGAAAAGGAGUAGUUCAGGAUCAAAUGGGGGUACUGUACAGAUCCCACCACUGCAAUGUUGAUGGUCUAUUAACUAGUAUUACCUUCAACGACAAAUCUGCUGAAACAACAAACAAAGCCUGUUAGUGAAAUGAACAUGCUCAGCCAUGAAAUGGUUGGGAAUUUAUCCUUCGUCACGGUCAGACUUACGCCUUUUGCUUUUGUCCUUUUAUUGUUUGAUUCUUUGACUGUAUAUGUUACUAAUUUAAUAUUUUUCACUUAAAUGCUGCAAUACAAAUUUACUAGUAAUUAUUCAUUCGUGAGGUUGUAAGCGAAAUCUAGGCUUAGGCUACCUUCGUAGAUCGCUAGCAUAAUGCCAAACAAAAAUGCUAAUGCUUGAACACGUUCGUAAGACUACUGUGCGGUUUACUUCUGGCUUCAGAUAAUGUAGGGAGAAGGAGUAGAAUGAAAAAUAACUGUGAUAGAAUUCAAAGAAAUAUAUUGUUGAGACGUUUUUGUUUUUUUUUAACCAUCACUAAUAUUAGCUGACAAAAACCUUUUAAAAAGUAGUGUUCUCUGUCAUUAUAUUUAAACAAGCCUUCAGAGAAGGUUGAGUCAUGUUCGAGCAAGCUAACCCCUAGCCUACCGUCUAGAGAUGAACAGAAUACUGUGGAUUAGACCAUGGCAGAGGACGGAACAGAUUUAAGCAAGACUUGUUCCUUGUCCAUUAACAUCAGGACAAAACAUAGCUCCAGUCAGCGGUUUAUUUAGUAAGGUGUUGGCCCCUGACAUGAACUCCCAGAACAGCAUCAGUGGUCCUUUUUCGGAGACUUUCCAAGUGUUUGGAGCUCUAACAGAGGAAUGAACAGCAUUCUUCCAAAACAGAUUCGGGAAAGGAUUUUUUAAAACUACCAUAGCAACAGAAAUUUACAUGAUGUUACAUUUUAACUCUGCUGUGAAAGUAACGCUACAACUGAGGACUAUUUUAAACUCUGGCUAAAUAUAUUCGACAUGCUCCCCUAACUUUCAUAGUGCCAACAGUAGAUUCAGGUUUUUCUCACUUACCAUCUACGACAUGGCCCAAUCUUUAGUACACACUUGAAUGGUCCCCAGGACUAAUUGUAACUACUUUGAUGAUCUUAAGUCAACAUUUCAUUUCGUCUAAGGCUUCGUUUCUAUGACCACAUAGCCGACAUGCAAGCUAACGACAGUGGCAUCAGCCUUGGCUUAACUUUCUGUUUAAUGCUAGUUGGCAAAUCUUAGCAUGCUAACGUGCUACAACAGAUGACAAACAGGAUGAACACACCUGCAACUCAUCGGUUUUGUUAGCAUGCUGACAUUAGCAGUCGGCUUAAAGCAGUGCUGUGCAAAGGUGCAGCCUUACAAAGCUGCUAGCAUUGCGAUAGACGUGCUACUUCGGCCAUGAAGAAAAUAAUUAACUUGAUGGAGGAAAUAACACCCUACUUCAUGUUGUUACCUUCCUGUUGUCAUUAUUUUCUUAAAGUUUCAAUAUGCAAGAAUUUUAGUUUAAGAACAUUUUUUUUUAAAAAAACAUGAUGCGACAAAAUAACAUUUUUUUUUACGUCAAAGACAUCUAUGCUGGACAGCUAUCUGAGCUAACUAGCUAACAGUGGCUGCAGUUACUUUGGCGACAUGCCGCCCCCUGUUUGCCUGGAAUGUUAGUUUGACAGGUGGCCUGUUCUUACAUAUUCCACUCUUAAACAUGCAUUCAUCACCAGCUGCAUUAUCACCAACAUGAUGAUUUUGAUUUGAUCUGAUUUGAUAUGAGGCAUCAUAGCAGGCCCAAAAUGUUUUAAAGGUCGUCAAAGUGCCCCUUUUGCAUUAAAAUUGCAACAUAGGAGCCUCCGUAGUACAACACACACACUCUUUACACUCUCUUAAUCUCCCUUUAAAUGCCCGUAUAGAGGGAGUCACAGGAACCGUUUUUUCUGAGCCAACACAGGAAUAACUUUAUAGGAAAAACAUCUCAGUUUGUACAGAAGUAUUUUACCUCUCUGUUGCCUUGAUCAGCUCUUAUCAUGGCUUUGACCACCUUCUUCUUCUGGUAUGCAAUUUUUCUAGGUGUGAGGAUGACUGGGCCUAUUUUCUGAAGAAAGAUAAAUGAUGAGUCAAAUCUUAAGGAAAAAAAAGUUUUAUAAAAUGGUAAAUAAAUGUUGAAACAGACGGAUGCUUUUUAAAAAAACUAUUAGUGUUUUAGGAUGGACCCAUUAGCGUGGCCAUAAUCCUCAACAUAUUGCAGGGAGCGUAACAAAAUAGGACAGGACAACUUAUCUUUUUACCCUAUGUUUGUAACCAAAGAGAGUCACCACUGAUCUAAACCGAUGCCCUACUAUUUGCUGCCAGGACUGAAGUGAAGAUACUGAAGGUUGGAAGGCCAUGGGAUUCUUUUUUUUUUUUUUCCUUCUUUUUUUUAAGAUUUAUAUCCACGUGAUCACAGAAUAUUUUUGUGAUCCAUUUAGAAAAAUUGUUAUCGUCACACAGAAUUACUACUUCGUGGUCUUGGCACAAAAUGACCAAAACUGUCUUCUCAUGAUUCAUGACUCCGACAUGAUAAUCUGGCAUAGUCAACCAGCAUAAGGCAGAACUAUUAAUAGCAUCAUUCGUAAUUACCCCACUCGAUGUGGCGUUUAACAUACAAUGAGCAACGGAGGCCUUACUGACUCCUGUGCAUUUUUAUAGUAUUCCUGUUACUGGCCAUGCCGCCGUUUGACUGAGCACAAAUUUCUUGGGCUUCAUCAUAUCAUUACAAAUAAAGGAGGUCUGAUAUAGAUUUGAGUGGCCACAUUUCCAGACAGUAAAAUAAUAAAAUACAUUUCAUUUAACAUUUGCAACUUUUAUAUUCCCUAUUCACUCAGCAAAUAUAUAAGCACAACACUUAAUUUUUGAAAAGAACAAAAGACUUUGGGCACACAAACGGCUUAUUAAUUUCAAAUUUUGAGGACAAAUUGUUCAAAUCCAUGUCAGUGAGAUUGGGUCAGUGGAUGGACCAUCUUGAAAAAUGGAAAAAUGAGAAAACAACCACAGAUUUUAAGAAAUGUGCUCCCAGCACUUGAAAGUAAUAAGCCUUUUGUGUGUGCUGACAAAAUUUUACACAACACCAAUCUGCCUGAUGAUCCUGGGUUCCUUUUCACCCUCACCCCAAGACCACAAGAUACUUGGUUUAGGGUCAGGGUUGGCAGCUAAUCCCUCCCAGCUCACAGUUUCCAGUUGACUCUGUGAUAUCUCAAAAAACGCAUUGAGAGGGAAUUUCUUCAAAUUUGGCACAAAUGUCCAUUUGGGCUCGAGGAUAAGCUGAUUAGAAUUUGGCGGUUAAAGCUCAGACUUUUUUGGCCAUUGCUCAACAAUCGAUUUGGUAAUUUAUAUCACAGACUUCCUCACAGACGUCUAACAGGACAACAUGAUGAAAUGAGUAAUUGGUCAGUGGUCAGAAUUCACUGUGACAUCAUCAUGUUCUGCAAAAAAACAAAAAAAAAAUGUAUUCAACACAAUAGCUCAGGAACAGUAAUGUGACUGCUGUGUGGGGGAAUACAACUGCAAAGGGUGGUAAUUCCAUUAUGGCCAUGAAUUUUGCAGAUUUUUGUCUUAUAAGAAUUCAGUUGGGUAGAUUUUGUGCUCACGACAAAACAAAGCUUGUUAAUACUGAAACCACAAGUUAUUUUUUUUUCUUAAUGAUUUUUAAAAAUAAACAACUAAAUCAUCUUAACCCAUGCGCCGCACACCCUUCUGUAUUAAAAUGAAGAUGUUAAAAGCCAGUGAAGAAAUGUACAUAUGCAGCCUCUCCCCCCCAGACAAACACACACACACACACACACACACACACACACACACACACACACACACACACACACACACACACACACACACACACACA